GGGAUCCCUUAGCCUUCCAAAACUGGUACCCUGGUUGGCCGCUGCCUAAACCUCACCCAAAACCCCCCCAAAAAACCCUGUGCUGUAGCUGCGCCUGUACAUGCCCAGCAAGUACAACGACCCCGGCAACAACCCCCAGCACGACAAGCUUUAGCACAACAAAAAACCUAACCAACACUGCAACGAGCUUCACAGAUCUGAUGGAAAACACCGAUGAAAACACACCACAAACCAGCUUCUCCAGUGUCGCUGGCCAAACCAUGACAACUCAAAGAACAUCUUCAUCAUUCACCACAAGUGCACCCUGGACGACCACUGAAAUGCCAAUACAAGCACAGUGCCAGCGGUCAGUUAUGCCGGAGCCCAAAGAACCCAAAGAACCCGAAGAUGAUGACAGUAAUGGUGCCAAUUACAUUGAAGACUCGUGUGUUGCCAUGCUCAGCUUUGGGCCAUGGAUUGAAAAGAACUGCCUGGACCUUCUGCCUUUCAUUUGUUAUGAAGAUCGUUUCGAUGGCCAAGUCAGCGUCACCAAUAAAACUUCUGAGGGUGCCAAUCUGACAUGGUCACCCGCACCUGGUGAUAUCAGCUCUUACUGGGUAGAGAUCACAGAAUUCAUAAAUAAAAAUAAAACCAAAGAAUGGAAGGACACCACCCAUAAUUUGACCUAUGAAUUCACCAACCUGACAGCAGGCACCAACUACUUGGUCAAGGUGUUCGCUGUGAAGUGUAAGAGAGACCUCAACCCAGCGCGCAUCAGCUUCUACACCACACCUAACAAAGUCACAAACCUGACCAUCACUAAAGUGACAGAAGGAUCUGUCUCUCUGAGCUGGAACAAACCAGAUGGAAACCUGGAUUUCUACAAACUGACUUACGAGUUGAUCCUGAUAAAGUUUACAACCUGA